AUGGGGUCUUGGAAUGUGUGCAGGUCGUGCGUGGAACUCAUAGCAAUAUUCAUCCAUCAUAACUACUUGACGAAGGCAACCAACAUCUCGACUAGUGGUGCUGACAAAUCACCACCAAACCACUCCAUGAGUUCAGGUUUGAAUUGCGGCCAUCCAUGGAUCCAUGGAUCUAAAGAUGGCAACCUCAGCUUCAAUUACGCAGGUGUCAUUGACAAGAUAACCUCUGCUUGGAUCAUAAAGUUCCGCAAGUGGCAUAAAGGAUGUAAAGCCCCAAUCAUUUUCUCGGGCAUUGAAUUGAUGCUGUGUUUCUGCAAUUAA